AUGACCGGAAUGACCCUACCUGGCAUAUUCAAUCAUCCACCGGCGGAUGAUCAAGAUUCUACUUACCAUGCUCACAACAACCGAUCUAAUGCCACUGAACGGGAGCGCGGGGUUGGCGGUACUUGUUUCCGCGGUAAUGGUCCUUCCUCGGUCUACAAUAUAUGCGACGCUCAAUCUAACUUAGCUGCACAGGUCACUAUUUAUUAUGCGACUCAAAUCAUCUAUAAUGUCUUCUUUCACCCACUGAGUCGGUUUCCCGGUCCGAUCUCUCAUGCCAUUUCUCGCCUUCCCUAUUGCUACUAUGCACUCAUAGGAACACUCCCAUUUCAUAUGUUAGACCUUCAUAAUCAAUAUGGGGACAUUGUCCGCAUUGCACCGGAUGAACUUGCGUUUUCGCACCCCAACGCUUGGAAGGACAUCAUGGGCCACAAGAACGGCGAGGAAGAGCUGGGCAAAGCCGAUUGGUUUUACCGACCGUUACCUGAAGCACGACAUAUUGUUAACGAAGAGCGAGAUCAGCAUAAAGGUCUGCGUCGCGCCAUGGCUCACGGUUUCUCUGAGAAGGCAAUGCGAGAGCAGGAGCCCUUGAUUCGGAAAUAUACCGAUCUGCUCUUGGAGAGGCUGCGUGAGCAAAGCAAAAGCGGACAGUCCGUGGCCAUUUCAGACUGGUACAAUUUUACCACCUUUGAUAUCAUUGGUGAUCUUGCUUUUGGUGAAGCGUUUGGUUGUUUGGAGAAUGCCAAAUACGAUUAUUGGAUCAAAACUAUCUUUGAAUCGGGACGACUGGGAAUCAUACUUCAAUCAAUAUCGUUUUACCCCAUAUUAAAAUCACUUUUAUUGCUGUUGGUUCCGAAGUCGCUCCAGGAGGCCCAGCAGAAACAUAAAGCCCUUACCACGACUAAGAUGCUCCGCCGAUUAGCUAUCAUAGAAGAUCGACCGGAUCUGAUCAACAGUCUCCUGAAGAAAAAAGAAGAUUUGGCCCUGACCAUGGAUCACCUCAUCGCCAAUGCCGAAAUCCUGAUUAUUGGGGGCUCGGAGACCACAGCAUCCCUGUUGAGUGGGGUCACAUAUCUCCUUCUCCAGAACCCUGACGCUUAUCAAAAUCUGAGGGACGAAGUUCGGUCCACUUUCCGCAACCAAGAUGAAAUCAACUUAAUCAGUGUCAACAAAUUAACCUAUAUGCUGGCGUGUCUCGAUGAAGGCCUGCGUAUGUACCCUCCCAUAGCAAACGGCCUCCCGCGCAUGUGCCCGCGAGGAGGCUGCACGGUGCUUGGGCACUAUAUACCAGAAAACACGUAUGUUUCAAUGCACCAGUGGGCGCUCUAUCAUCGUGAAAAGCACUUCACGGACCCCGAAUCAUACCAUCCAGAGCGUUUCAUGGGCAGCCCCCAGUUCGCGAAUGACCGCCGUGACGUCCUUCAACCAUUUCAUGUGGGUCCGAGGAACUGCCUGGGGAGAAAUCUCGCAUACAGCGAGAUGCGUCUCAUUCUCGGCUUGAUCAUAUUUAACUUCGACAUGGUCAUCUCGGAGGACUGCGAUGACUGGAUCCAGCAGAAGAACUUCCUGAUGUGGCAGAAACGCCCGCUGAAGGUCUACUUGAAACCUGUACCCAGACAUAGUCCUUGA